AAACAAGAUAAAAAUCUAGCUAAUAAUUAAAAGUUAAAGGUUAUAUUGUUUGAAGGAGCUAUAAAAUAUGGAUAACAUCGAAUUAUUGUUCUUCGACACAUUUUCUCACGAUAUUUCAGAGGAAUUAAAUUUGGAUUUAGUGCAAUUUCCUAAACCUGUUUACAUUAGUGAAGUAAGAAUAAUUCCAUUGGGUGCACGAGUGCAGGCAGAUUUUCCAGGAGGAGUGCGACUUGGAGCGACCAACCCUUCUCAAUUUGAGAUCGAAUUUUUCGUAAACGAUCUUAGUAAACCCGGAGCUUCCACUUUUGAAUUUUUGGGUGCUCUAGAAUACAAACAGAACAUUCACAUUCAAUUGGAAUGUGAGCGGAAACAAAUACCAACGGAUGGAUUAGUACUGAGAGGAUGGUACACCACUAUAACACUGGCAGUGUAUGGUACUCUAACUAAAUCAUUAAACAAUCCUCAGGAGGUGAUUAAUUCGACAGCUGGUUCUACUGCUUGUGUCAGUGCUCUUGAGGAAAAUCCGGAAAGUAUUACCCAAGUAUCUUCAGAACAGCAAUCUAACUGGUAUUACGAGAAUCAGCACCAGACAAAUUCAGCAGAAACAUGUGUAACCUCGACUCCGCCACCACCGGUUCAGCCAAUUCAAGUAGUGGAACCGUCCAGAACAUCUGCUUCGGACACCGCAAAAACAGAAUCGGCGCAAUGGGAAGAAGAGACGUCCAGUGUAGGCGAAAAGUCUUCAAAGCGACCUGUGUCUCCCCCUACAGAGUCCUUGAUUUCUCUGAGUCCCGAAUCUAUUUCUGCCGAAGAAGAAGACGCGGAGCAACAGGAAGCUGGCGAACCGGAAACUGGCGAGCCCUUCGAGCCUAUAUUAUCGGAUGAGGAUAUAAUGACUGACGACGUUCCAUCUACUGCUGAAUUCGAGUGUGAAUCUUCGCAGAUUGACGAGAUCUACACGCUGAUGCCGCCUGAUCUGUUAAGCUUGGAGAAACUGGAGAAUUUGGAGGACACACACGUGAAUCGUGAAGUUCCGUUGAAAAUCCGAGAGAUCCUUCAAUCUCUGUCUAAGUCAGUCUCGCAUUUCCACAACGCGUCCGGCCAAGAGAAAGAAACGUUUGUACACAAUUGCGAAACUCUGUGUGCCACAUUGGCUCCAUUCGACUGCAACGAGGACGAUGUGAACGACCUGAUUAGUAUUAUCAAUGCUGGCUUGGACAUGGAGCUCGCCAGAGCUCAGCCGCAACCGGCGUAUAAGAUGCGUCACGUGAAAGUGGGAGUUCGCUUAGCGGAGGCUUUCUGCCGAUUAUCGAAGGGUCCGGAAAUUCUGCUGAAAGUCGAAGCCCCGUCCAAAUUGCUUGCUCUCUGCAUGCGCGAGAACGUGGCGCUACCGGUGAAACUUUCCGCUCUGAGAGCUCUUGACGCUGCGCUAAUCAGUCCGCUAAUCGUGGAAGAAUUUCUGAGCACGCGCAACCACCUGUACAGAAACGCGCUAACAAUGUUGGAUUCAACGAAGCUGGUCAGACUGAAGUACGCUCUCAGCUCGCUUCUCCGCAAGGUUCACGUGUACGAAUAUCUGGAAGAGAUGAAGGAAUUCGACGAAUUUGGUCUCUCGGAAUUGAUGAACGCUUACAUAUGCGCUCCGACGUUGAUGGCGCAGCCCAAACGUCAGCUUCCGGCAUGCGCGCAGAUGGAAUUCGAGAGAGAGCACGCUCGCAAUCCUCGCGCUCACCUCGUGGCUUAUUUCGAGCAUCACAAGUUGAUUCAUCACCUUCUGUUAACGUUGACUUCCUCCAAUUGCGACUUGAAGGUGGUCAAAUUAAUUCGCCGCUUUCUACUGCGUCUCUCUGACACGAAGGAGGGCCUGUUUUAUCUGCUGAAAGAAGCCGAAGUAGUGCGGCUGAUACUGAAAGCCUUGAAAUACGAACUACCCGGGGCCGGUUGCGUUCUAGCGUGGCGCCUUCAAGUCGCACAGUGUCUAAUUUGCUUGAAGCAGACUUCCGACUGGACGAUUCUCAAGAGAUUGCACUCCUUUCUCGUCUUUCCCGACGGUCUGCACGCCAUUCUCACAGUUCUGCCUCUGUGCGAUUUCAUAGACAUUUUAAUUCCUUUUCUGUCGGAUCCUAAUCUGUGCGAGUUCGCCGCGGAAAUUAUCUCCGCCAUCGUUCGUUAUUCCGACAAAGUCGAGAUCCUGCAAAAUCGCGCGGAAUUUAUACUGGAAAAGGCUCGCGAGCACGCCGUUCUCAGAGAUGUGACAUCGUACUUGACGACCGCGGCUCAGGCUACUCAUUGGGAUUACAGCGACGUUUCCCUGUUGGUGGGGAUUAUCAGGAAGAGCGUGGAGAAGGCGGCAACGCUACCCGGCCAGCUGAUCAUCGCGUGCCGCAUUCUACAUUACCUAAUCUUUCCAUCCAACAACGACGUCGAUCCCUUGGAGCCCUACGUCGAACUCAAGUACCGGAACGCCUUGACUCAGCUGUUCGCCGCUGACGGCCUCACCCCGCUGGUCGCCGUAAUGGCGAAUGUGUCCGAUUUCUACGAACAGCCGUUCCUUCAUCGCGUGGCCUUGACGGGCCGUAGAGGUAUGGCGUUAGUCGCCCUCUUGCUUCCCUGCACGAGACUGACGAGAGCGCUGCUCGAACGACUCGUCAAAUGCAUGGCGACGGACUUCAAGGAUCUCACGGCUGUCGUACCGCUGCUCGGAGUCUACUCCUUGAUCGAGGCCAUUCCGCCUAAUCCGAUGGUGCAGGCUCUGUCUGAGGAAAUCGUGGGUACGUUGCUGGUGUUCACUCAAGCCGUCGAUUCCGACGGUUCUGGCAACGUCGCGAAAUCGCUGUGGACUCAGAUGCUCGGCGAAGUCCUGAAGAUGGUGGCCCUUCGGCCCUGCAACUUCAUGCCGGGUCUGAAGCUGCUGACUCGCUUACUGCCGCCCGUUCUGACGUUCAAAGAAACCGCCGCCGAGGACGCCGCGAGGAUUCUCGGUCUGAGGAAACUCUGGUCGGCGCAUCUUCAGGCGCAGGCCGUAAACCUCACGGAGACCCUCCGGCUGCUCUGCGCCAGUUGGAAUCGCGAUGUAUUGCUCCUCUUAUCGAUGGUUUGCAAGCAGCUGAGCGACCUGGCGGCACCGACGGCUCUUCUAGUCGGAAGAUGCCUCUGCGGCAUCCUGGCGGCCACUCCUCUCGAAAACAACGUUCCUGUCCUCGCUUUAGUCAGCGAUCUGGCCAGACACGCUCCUAUGAAGGCCACCCUGCUGACCUUGACCAGUCCGGCGUCUAGAGCGCAGGUGAAAUCCGAUCAAAAGUAUCCGCCAGUCAUUGAAAUGAUGUGCUCCACGUUGAAGAGUAGCAGCAACAUCCACGUGCAGUACGAGAUCCUGAAAAUCCUCGAGACUUUGUGCGAUUGUAAUCUUAGUCUGGUGCAGGAGGAGGAGAACGAACCCUUCGAAAAGAGACUGACGCAUUCGGUGCCCAGCAAGGAACCUCUUCUCUCCAUUCUCGCCGCUCUAAUCGAAAUUCUGGCAGCCAGCACGAAAUUCCAAUCGGACGUGAUAGAAAGCACACUGCACAUUCUUUUAUCCUUAAUCAGUCACAACUACGGACUGUAUCACGUGAAGAGUUGCCUGGAGAACAAUCCCGGUGCCUUGCGCGCGCUGCUGGAUCACGUGUCCACCCUGGAAGAGCCUGAAACGAACUCCGUGGUAGAUUUGACCGUGACCUUCUUGGAGAAUCUGAUCGCUUCCGACUCGGAGAGGAGAUCCUUGCACCUGCGCGCGCAACAAUUGGCGUCUUUGAUCUCGUGGGAGAAAAGCGAGCAUCCCCUGGAGAAGCUGAAACGCGCGGCAGAGCUAGUGGAAUCUUUAAGAGCCGCCGAAGAGAGAGAGGAAAAGGAGCCCAUUCCGGAAAUGUUGGAGCCGCUGCUGCCCGCCCCGGAAGCUCUGCUGAAUCAGUUUUCGCAAAGGUGUCUCGGAGUGGUCAAUAGCAGUCCGUCUCGAUCCAGGAAGUUCUCGUUCGCGACGGCGAAUCAGACGCAAGCCGAAAAUACAGUGGACCUCUUGGCACUCGCGGCCGAAUUACUGCCCGCUGAUUUUAAUCUGCUGGCAGAGGCGCAGAAUUUAUGUUCCAAGACGCCUCCCGACGACGCCACGCAACCUCUACAAUCGAAAUCUCAGGAUGAAGAUCAGGAAAGUAGAACGGAGAAGCAAACUUCUCCGAUGACCAAGUCGAAGCAGCCAUUCGUGACGCCGAUACGAGGUCGAGCACAAUUUGCCAAUUCGAUACGAGGCGGCCCGGUGGGUGGAGGAGUGGGUAGAGGAGCUGAUCCUUUCCGGUCGAGGCCGCCCAACACUUCUAGGCCGCCGUCUCUUCAUGUAGACGAAUUUGUAGCUCUGGAAACCUGCGGAGCUCAGCCGACCGGCCCUACCGGCUACAACAAGCUCAGCAUUCGUGGCACGUGUCCGUCGCGCGUUAUCAGCAGCGGCACCAGAAGUCGACCUUGGGCGCAAGAAACUCGUCCUCCGUACCUUCGCUAAUUCAUUCGUCACAGUUCUUUCUGUUUUAUAUAUGUAUAUAUUUAUACAUAAAUUACGCUAAUAAUAAUGUACAUUUUUUUCUGAAAAA